GUCAUGACAGCUGCGCUCCUCUGCUUUCUCGAUCACACAGUUUGGAACGUUAUCGUGCAUCUGGGAGGAUGAUCGUACCUGUGAAUGAGAGUCGUUAUUUACUAUUUGAAUCAUUUUAACAGCCUUGUAGUAUUCUAACUGUGACUGGAAGUGAAUGUUUGCUGUGUCAUAAAUUAUACAAAGUGAAAAUAACUCACAUUUAUUGAUGAGUAUGUGUUUAUGUCAUGCUUGUGAAACACUCUUGGAGAACAAUCGUUAUAAUUGAUUUUAUUAUAUUUAAAUAAUAAUCUAAGAUCUCGUCAUGUCAAACCACAACAACAAAAUAUAUCCAGAGCGAGCCAACGGCCAUCUGUUUAAAGGUCGUGCCUACGAGCAGCCGAUAGAGGACGCAUCCAACCACGGAAUCGUAUACGUCCAGAGCGACUACCCGGAUCCGAGCGACCCACCCAUGUUCAUCUCUUCCGGUCUUUAUUCUCGGUUGCCUUCUGUUUACGAUGUGCCGAGAAAUGGAAGGCUACCAACGCCAGGAUAUUCUCGAGUUCCUGACCCGAUCUACUCGACGAUAUCGGAACCAGACAACGAUUGGUAUUUCCAAGGCCUUCACUACCUGGCUAAUGUCCACAAGGUUUCCAUUAGCCAGCGGAAAGGAAAUUGUUACACUGUAUGUGACAUGAUCCGGACGGUGUUAUACGUCGUUAAAAUUCCGAUGGAACACGUCUGCUGUGGAUGCAAGGAACCAGUGGGUCCAGGGGUCAACUUCAAAGUGUCAACGUCCUUCCACCAUCCUGUCUUGGAUAUUAUGACUUACGAAGAUCGAUUUUGCCGCAGAGUGCCUUUUGUGGAAGGAGAAGUCAAAGUCAAACCUGACGUCAAGUUAGGCGUCAUGGAAGGUGACAUCGACCAUGUGGUGAUGCUGAGCUCGGUCUCUGGUGAUGCUCUGUGCUCCAUUGAACUGACUGACAUCGGAUGUUGUUCUUGCGACGGCAGAGUUUAUGAGGUCAUCCCAACGACCGCCCGACAAGAGGCUGGAAGCAUUUUCUGCAACGACGAACAAGAACUGAUUUUGACUUUCCCAAGCGUUUUUGAUGUGCCCAGGAGAGCCCUGCUCUUAUCUUGUGCAAUCAGUAUGCAAUACCAAAUCGAGGAAGACAGAAGAAGGAGCUGCAACGGACGAAUAUUUAGAAUUUUAUGCUGAGAAAGCAAAGAAAUUUUAUUUAUUUAUUUAUUUAUUUAUUUAUUUAUUUAUUUAUUUAAUUAAUUAUGCAUGUAUUUACCUACGUCAAAGGAACCCGCUGACCAAAGUUCCUGAUUUAUGCAGUGGCCCAAGUUUUCUUUUCACUGACUAGAAUUAAAUGUACAGACUUUAUACAGGGGUGUGAUAGAUAAAUAACAAAGAUAAAUCUGCAUAUAAAAUCAAUACAGACAUGUCUAAACAACGCUCGUAUUCCGUAAAUAUGUUCAUACAUACAUUUCUUAUUGAAAGCUGUUUCCCAUAAGGCCUAUCAAUAAGAACUGAUUUGUUUUUCCUUGGCUACAGAAAAAGCUGUUUCCCACACAGCCUUCCAAUAAGAAAUUAUUGGUUUUUCCUAAUUACAGAAAAAGCUGUUUCCCAUACAACCUUCCAAUAAGAAAUUAUUGGUUUCUCCCUAGCUGCAGAAAAAUCUGUAUCCCACACAGCCUUACAAUAAGAGAAUUAUUGGUUUUUCCUAAUUACAGGAAAAGCUGUUUCCCAUACAGCCUUCUACUAAGAAAUUAUUGGCUUUUCCCUGGCUACAGAAAAAUCUGUUACCCACACAGCCUUCCAAGAAGAAAUUAUUGGUUUUUCCAUGGCUACAGAAAAAACUAUUUCCCACAGCCUUCAAAGAAGAAAUUAUUGGUUUUUCCUUGGCUACAGAAAAAGCUGUUU